CCUCUGGCAGGUAUUGCAUGUACAUAAUACGCCUCUUUCUCCCGUUACUCACACAACCAUGGGAGCUCUGAUCCUGACCCUUCUUCUGUGCUGCUCCAUCCAGGCAUCUUUAGGGACAGCAGAUGGCGGUAGACCCGUGGUGGACACAAGGUAUGGAAAACUCCAAGGGACGACGCGAAUAGUAAAAGAAACGGAUAGAACCGUGGACUCUUUCUAUGGAAUCCCAUUUGCAAAACCACCGGUAGGACCGCUACGGUUUGAAGCUCCAGAACCGCCCGAACCCUGGGAGUCAGUGAAAGAAGCCACAGAAAACCCACCCAUGUGCCCCCAGAAUGCAGAACAAUUACAACAUUUUCUGAAAUUAAUGAAUAUAGAGGUGACCCUUCCUUCCACAUCCGAGGACUGUCUGUACCUGAAUGUCUUCACUCCAUCUGACCGAGGAGACAACGCCAAGCUACCUGUCAUGAUGUUCAUACAUGGCGGGGGGCUGGUAAUGGGGACCGCCGCUACGCAUGAUGGCUCCGCAAUCAGCGCUUAUGAAAACGUGGUGCAGGUGUCGAUCCAGUACAGACUGGGAAUUCUGGGAUUCCUCAGCGGCACAGAUGACACAGAUGCUCAGACAGCCUCUGGAAACUAUGGACUUUUGGACCAGGUGGCGGCUCUGCGGUGGGUUCAGCAGAACAUUAAGAAUUUUGGGGGUGACCCCGAAUCUGUCACUAUAUUCGGGGAGUCAGCGGGUGGAAUCAGCGUCUCUGCACUGGUCCUCUCCCCGUUGGCCCAGGGUUUGUUUCAUCGCGCAAUCGCACAGAGUGGAGUGGCCAUAAUGCGAGGAUUCAUCGCCAGCUCACCAAAGGAGUUCAUGUUUUACAGAAAUAUGGUGGCUAAUAUGUCGGGAUGUGAGCCGUCCUCUCUGAUGAGCUGUCUACGGAUGAAGUCUGAACAAGAGAUCUCAUCUAUUAUGUCGAACAAAAAUUUCUUGCCGUUACCAGUCUGUGUGGAUGGAGUUUUCCUGCCUAAACCCCCAGAGGAGAUAUUGGCUGCCAAAGAAAACAACAAAGUGCCAUUGAUCAUUGGCGUAACGGAGCAGGAAUUUGGAUGGCUUGCCCUAAAGAGUCUGGGUGCAACUUAUGUGGACGGAUUGCCGAAGGAAUCGAUCCAAACAGAGAUGGGACGUUCUCCGAUUCUGGGUGAGAUCUCCGGUCUGGAUUACACAUUGCUGGACGAAUACUUUGGGAACACGGAGGACCCCCUGGAAAACCGAGAUCACUUUCUAGACCUGCAGGGCGAUGUCAUGUUUGUCAUGCCAGCACUAAAGAUAGCAAAACUUCACAGAGAUUCCGGAUCCCCCGUCUUCUUCUAUGAAUUUCGGCAUCGUCCGUCCUUGUUUCAGAUCAGUAGACCAAAGUGGGUGAAGGCCGAUCACGGCGAUGAGGUUUUGCUUGUGUUCGGAGUUCCCUUCGUGACACACAGCGCUCUCAAUAAAUCACAUACAUAUCCAGAGGAAGAGAAGAAACUCAGCAAAACCAUGAUGAAAUACUGGGCCAACUUUGCUAGAACAGGUGACCCAAACGGAUCCGACAUGACUCAGUGGCCACAGUACGAUGAAGAUGAAAAUUAUCUGCAGAUUGAUAUUCAGCAGAAAGUUUUUCAGAGACUGAAAGAGAAAAAAUUCAACUUAUUGACUAAAGUUCUUCCCGAGAAGAUCCUGAAGACACUUGCCGAGAAGACACAGAAGAUAUUGGAGUAGGCAUGAGAGCACACUGUAUAACCUUCCGUAUCAUCAUCCUAGGAAAACAUAAAUCACCAUUCCCAAACCUUUCACCUUAAUUUUAAUGACACUAAAGACUGAUAAUUGAGUUCUGGGUGGAGGAUGGCAGGUUGACAAAUGUUAAUUUUUUUUCUCUGUAAUGGUGUUUGCACUUUACAAAUGUCCAAUAAAAUGCUCUCCCAACUC